CGAGAACAGUUCGGUGAUGAGUAUCAGUAAAAUUUCUCGAUUGAAACAAGAAUAAUGUCGAGAUUGAAAUGUUUCACGUUGUUGCUAUUUGGGCUUUUAAUUUCAGAGUAUUUGGUAGUCAAUGGAGACCUGAACGUAAAGAAAAUGAUCUCUGAUUAUGAAGCCAAAAUGAAAUUCAAACCAGCGCCAAUAGCAGUGAUGAAAGACAAUGUAUUAAUAGCACCACAAACGGCCAAAGAUUAUAUAGAGCUUUUUGAAAGUAUGUCGGAGCCAAAAUCACCUUCAUCAAAAUCAUCUUCGCCAAAAUCUCCAUUGUCGAAAUCAUCUUCGAAAAAAUCUUCUUCGUCAACAUCACGAAAGUCAGGCCAAUAUCACCCCCUUAUGGAUAAAGGAUUAUCGAAAAACGAGAUUUUGGAGAUAUAUUUCAAUAAAGCAGUCAAAGAUGCGAAAAAAUUCAAAACUACUCCCGAAUUCCAAGAUCUUCGAGAACUGUAUGCAUUGUAUCAGCAAGCUGUUGUUGGUGAUAAUAAUACCAAAAGCCCGAAAUUUGAUCAAAUAAUAGCAUAUGCUGAUUGGUAUGCCUGGGAUAAGAAAAAGGGAAUGAAGUCAGCGGAAGCAAAGUUGGAUUAUAUCAAAGAAGUUUUCGAUUCUAUUCUAAAAUAUGGUUUAUCAGAUGAAUAGAUAACAUUUACAUGUGUAGUAUAGGUACUAACAGCUUUGAUUUUUUUUUAUUUGUACUACAGAAACGUAAAAAUGUCAUUGAUUUCAACAAUAAACCUAGAACUCUUUUGGUGUUGCAUGCACUAGCGUCA